UCUCUCGCGUCUGGAUCGGGCUAUCGAGUUUGGAUUGUGUCGGGCACUCCUCAGGGCGUCUUCUCUUUUUUCAUUUUUCAUUUUUAAAAUAUCGAGUACAUCUUGUGAAACGGAUUUUGAUCUUCAGCGGACACGGCGACAAUGGGGUACUCAAUGUGGAGAUAUUACUUUGGAGUUGUGGUUAUCUUGUGCAAGGUGAACCUGUCCCGCGCCAUCAUCUUGGAGUCCAUCUAUUGGAACACAACAAAUACCAAGUUUGUACCAGGCCAAGGUUUGGUGUUGUAUCCUCAGAUUGGGGAUAAGAUGGACAUUGUGUGUCCACGUGUGGAAGGUGGUGUUGGGGAGGGUGUGGAGUUUUACAAACUCUACAUGGUUCCCCGGGAGCAGCUGGACUCUUGCACGGUUACCAAAGCCGACACGCCGCUCCUCAACUGCGUCAAGCCCGACCAGGACGUCAAAUUCACCCUCAAGUUCCAGGAGUUUAGUCCCAACCUCUGGGGCUUGGAGUUCUUCAGGGGAAAAGACUACUACAUCAUCUCGACGUCUAACGGAACGUGGGAAGGAUUGGAUAAUCAGGAAGGUGGAGUGUGUAAAACAAAGUCCAUGAAAAUUGUCAUGAAAGUCGGACAGAGUCCCUCCGAUCCGAUUUCACCCAAAGACUACCCGACCAGAUACCCUCCCAAACACCCUGAGCCGGGCAGUAAGGACACCAAAUCCAAAAACGAUGUGUUUGACAAGCGAGGUGCGCCACAUCAUGAGAACGAAAACGGGAACGGGAGCGGUGGAGGCGGGGGCGGCGGAAAGUCCUCCAGCGUGAUUGGCUCGGAGGUCGCACUCUUCGCCGGCAUCGCCUCGGGCAGCGUCAUCUUCAUCAUCAUCAUCAUCAUGCUCGUUGUUCUCCUCCUUAAGUACCGACGGCGUCAGCGCAAGCACUCGCCCCAGCACGCCGCCACGCUGUCUCUCAGCACCCUGGCCACGCCCAAAAGGGGCGGGUCCGGGGGCAACAACAACGGCUCGGAACCCAGCGACAUCAUCAUCCCCCUGCGGACUGCCGACAGCGUCUUCUGCCCGCACUACGAGAAAGUGAGCGGAGACUACGGUCACCCCGUCUACAUUGUGCAGGAGAUGCCCCCUCAAAGUCCGGCUAAUAUCUACUACAAAGUGUGAGGGGGUCGGUGGU